UUUUCUUUUUUUAAAGCUUUUGAUUUUGGUUAGCGAAAGCAAGCAUUAAUGGAGUUGUAGAGUCACCUAAUCCAAUACCCAUUUCUUUAACUUCUUUAAAUCACUCAGAGCUUCAAACUAUAAAUACUUCGAUUCUAUGUCUUUUAAACCCAAAAAAGAGAAGACAAAAACAACCCAAGUCCCUAAAAAUUUAGAAAUGUCAGCUCCGGAGAUGUCAAAUGUCGAUUUGCAAUCGGGAAGCCACCGCCGCUGCAUCGCGGGAAGUGAUGGGACCAGUUUUUCCGAUGCAGAAGAUGAUGGGUCUUGCUACUCUCAGUUUUAUUCGACGACGGAUGGCUCUUAUAACGAUUACGGUUUUGCUUGUGUAUCUGAUCCUGAGAUUACCGACGGUCUUCUUUUGGAUUCUAAGCGGCUAUCUUCUGUGUCUGAUUACUCUGUAGAAGUGGAGAUUGAAAAUGGUAAUGGAGUAGUUGAGAUAAAAGUGCAUUUGGCUAAGGUAGAGAGAGAUUGUAGGAUUUGCCAUUUGGGUCUGGAAGGCAAUACCCAUGAAUCAGGAGUCCCCAUUGAAUUGGGCUGCUUAUGUAAAUAUGAUUUGGCUGCUGCUCACAAACCGUGUGCAAAGGCUUGGUUCAAGAUUAAAGGAAACAAAUAAGUACAAAAAUCAAGUAAAGAAUUUAUCUAUUCUGGAUCAAUUUUCUUUUAAUAAUUAUUUGAAUUUUAAUUAAUUUAGUUUGUUUCCUGCAAAUGGUUAAUUUCCCAUUUGGUGAUAGCAGAGUCCAUUAGUUUUCCAGAAUGAUGUACUUUACUCUUCAUAACUGAACGAGUAUGAACAGUCUAAGGGCCAACAUCAGCAGCAAAGCAAGAAGGAAGAAUCGAGAAGCUACCGUUCUAACCAAAAUCAAAAAACCUAAAACUAAAACAUAACAUUUUGUAUUUAUAUU